GACUAGUGUACAGAUGUAAAUUGAGAAAAGCGUACAGAGAAUUUGUUUUUUGUGGCUGGAAGUGGACACGUGUGACGUUUAAUUUAUAACGGAGAAGGCUUUGAGGGUGUGAGAUUUGAUGUAAGCUCAGAAGGCUUACUAGUGGUGAGCCGAGUCGAAGAGGUAUGGAAUGAGGACUGGAUUUGAUGGUGGGUCAUUGUGGCUGUGGGCUUUGAAAAAAACACUUGCGGGUCAAUUUCCAAAAAAAAUAUUUCUGAGUUACGGGGGGAAAAGGAAAAAGUUGGCAGCACUAGGAUCGCAACGAAAGCCCUACCCACUUUGGCCGUAGCAAACGGGGCUCUCGCGUCUCCUUCCGUGAAUCUCGUUGCCGGCGUCAGUUGCGUAGGUCUGGGCGCCGUAGCACGGACGCAGCGGAGGUCUGAGGUGGUGUUGCAGCCGUGGUGUCCAGCGGGGGACGUGGGUGCGUGUGAUCUGAGGCCGAGGGGUAGGACGACUUCCUUGCGCGAGGUCCCGACGCUGAAGGAUGCAGUGAGCCGUACGUGCCGUCUGAUGCGGAGAUCCGGCCGCCGUUCCACGGAAAAGAAGGCUGUGGAAGGUCCAAGGAAACAAAACUCUGCCGCUGAAACAACGCAUUUCCUGUCAGAUCUCAGUUUUUAUCUGAAGAUUGUCACUUCUCCCCCGAUUUGGGUUCUCGCGGUUGGUGGACACUGAUACAGUUCAAAGUCAGGCUAGAACUGUGAACCGAUAAGUCCGAUGGAUUUCAAUGGGAUUUUUGGAGCUGAAUUGGAAGAGUCGGAUGACAACAGCUCCGAUGGAGACCGUGGCUGUUAUUAUGCGAGUGACGAAGAAGGGGACGAGGAUGAAGGUGACCCAACAGGAUGCAGAGAAGAUGAAAAUGGUAACCUCUCAGGUGGUGCCAGUCAUGCCGGGGAUGAUGGGAAAAGUCGUCCAGUUGUCGCAGAGGAUUUUAUGGGCAGAGAGUUUGUCGGGGAGGAGGAUGCCUAUCUUGCUUACAAGGAGUUUGCUAGAAUGAGGGGUUUCGGGGUCCGCAAGGGCGAUGUGGGGCGUGUCGACGGGGUUUUGGUCAGGAGAGACUUUUUCUGCCAUCGACAGGGCACAAGACAUGCUAAGCACUAUGAUCGUCCUGAGCGAGUUAGGGAGGAGAGGUUGGAGAGUCGAACCGACUGCAAGGCGAAGUUGAAGAUUUUCUAUGAUGUGCAACGCAGUGUGUGGAAGGUCAGGAGCAUCUUCGAUGAGCACAACCACGAGCUUGCUCCGGCCAUGUUUUCACACCUCGUACCUAGCCAUCGCUCGAUGAGUGAUGGUGACAAAGCACAAGUUGAUAGCAUGAAGCAAUUUGGUAUACCAACUGCGAAGAUAAUGGCUUACAUGGCUGGUCAAUCUGGAGGGUAUGGAAUGCUGCGAUUUACAAAGCGUGAUUUGUAUAAUUAUAUACAUGGUCAAAGGCUGGCCCGAAUCAGUGAUGGCGAUGCUGCAGCAACGAUCAGUUACUUGGAGGGCAAGGCGAAUGCCGACAUGACGACUGUAGCACAUUACACGCGAACUGCCGAUGAUCGGCUGGGGAGCCUUUUCUGGGUCGACGGUGAAAUGAUGACCGACUAUCAGUUAUUUGGUGAUGUUAUGGCCUUUGAUUCGACGUAUCGGUCUAAUAAGUACAAGAAACCGCUUGUAGUGUUCUCUGGGUCAAAUCACCAUAAACAGACAACCAUUUUUGGAUUUGCGCUCCUGGAGGAUGAGGAAGUUCGUACUUACCGGUGGCUGCUGUUAAAUCUUGUAGAUGUAAUGGGAGAGAAGACUCCGUGUGUUGUUGUCACGGAUGGGGACAAAGCGAUGCGCGCAGCCAUCGCGGAGGUGUUCCCGGCAGCAAGGCACCGGCUGUGUGGGUGGCACUUGGAGAAAAACUGUGUUCAACGGGUUAAGGAUACGGAGUUCCGAAAGGUUUUUAAGAAGGCUAUGUAUGCGAACUUCGAGGUGGAGGACUUCGAGGAAUAUUGGAAGACGGCGGUGGAGUCACUUGGCCUACAAAAUAAUAGUUGGGUUCAACAAACAUACGAGGUUAAAGAAAGUUGGGCAACAGCAUAUCUCCGGGGCACUUUCUGUGCGGGAUACCGAACAACCUCAAGGUGUGAGGGGAUUAAUGCAUACAUAAAGGGGUUCCUGAAAUCCACUGAUAGCAUUUUGGAGCUGGUGCACAGCUUAGAUCGCGUUGUAAAGGUUUAUCGAAACAACGAAGUCACGGCGCAGUUCUAUUCUACGUACUACAGCCCCGUGUUAACAACCGGGCUUGACUCUAUCGAGCUUUUUGCAUCGAAGCUGUACACUCGAGCAGUUUUUAGAGAGGUCAAGAAACAAAUCAGGGGUGUUGCAACCUUGCUGUUUCGUGGGAGAGACAGCAUCAGCACCACGGUUGUCUACAAGUUUUCAAGGAUGGGCGCGCCUGGUAGGAUUCACAAGGUUUUAUUCGACCCAGAUGACAAGAAAAUUCAGUGCGACUGUUCGAUGUGGAAUAGUGAGGGUAUUCCAUGUAGUCACAUAUUCUGCCUGAUGAAGUACGAGGGUUUGGAACAAAUACCGGACAGCCUUAUUGUGAGAAGAUGGUGCAAGGAUGCAAAGGAUUCCAGACGGAUGCCGGUGACAAUGAGACCUGGAGAUGAAGGUCGCAUGCUUAGGUAUGCCGCACUUUCUUCGGCCACAAGCUUGGUCGCAACACUUGGUUCGGAUGAGCGUGAAGACUUCGAAUUCGCUAAGGAGAGCAUCGCGAGUCUAAUAGAUAAGCUACGUCACAGAGUUUAUGAAAGGGCAGGUGGUCAGCCAGGUAUGUCGGGGUGGAAAGCGAUGAAGGACCCGGUUGUGGCAAGAACAAAAGGUGCCCCUAAGAGGAAGAAGGAGUUCGACCAAUGUAGUCAACCCGACGUGCGAGGGAAGAGGCGUUGCUGCACCAAAUGUGGCACACCCGGGCAUACCAAGAGGACAUGCAGCGGGUACUGUGCACGAGGGGUGUCCGGGAUUGGUAAUGGGGUCUCCCCCACGGAUGGCAACGGUUCGCAUGACGGCCCUGCAGCCGCUUCAGCGUCUCUUCCGACCGAGCUCGGUCAUGCGUAUGAGGAUCAAACCUCGGGUCACGGCGAAGCUGGUCUGAAUAACGUGUCUACCUCAGCGGCAAAUACAUCCUCCAUGGUGAGUCGGAGAGGUAGUCCAUGUUGGCGUCCUCCGUUUUCUGGCGGGGAAGUGGGGGGAACUUCUUCCUUGGGGGCCAACACAUCCACCAAUUCUAUGCAUCCCAACCUUGCUCCGGGCACCAAAGCGAUCCGCCGCCGCACGCCGGGCACGGGAGUACGGGGUUCUCCUGAGAUGUACUCCAAUAUUUUGUCUUUGGAUGUAUUAGCAGCUCGGACCUGUCCACUAAACCAUGUGCCUUUUCAUGUUGAACAGAAUGUGAUGGGUCGUCGCUCGUCGAGCAAUAUGCAGGGGGAUUUCCCACGCGUGGAACUUGAUGUUAAGCUGGGGGAUAACACAUACCGAAUACUUUGUGUCUUGCAAAAAGUUAUUAUUUUCGAUGAUGUUAUUUGCUUCGUUGAUGAAGAUGGAGAAUCUGCUUUCUUAGUAGAAGGACUGGCUGCUGAAGGCUUUGUCUGA